GUUGUCACAUUAACGAAUCAAUCAGUCAGUCUAUUAAUGAAGUUCGCGCCAAAACAUCCGUGUUGACCUUUCACCUGAACAGACGCUUGAAAAUCGCAUUAUUCAAGGAUACUAAAUGGUCUGUCUGGGAACAGCGACCUUAGUUUGCCUAAAACCCCAGACUGAAACGUUUAGAGAGAAGACCCUUAGAAAAACAAAGACUUAAAUUAAUUUGUGAAGGAUCUGAAUUAUUCCGUAAUCAGGGAUUGAAAAAAAGAUUUUUAAUAAGUUUGUUCAAAGUUGUCUUAAUAAGAUAUUUAAUUGGACUAUUUUCCGAAUCAUAAACAAUGAACAUUUUUAUAGUAUUCAUGAACUUUAUAUAUUAUUCUGUUGUUUUGUUUUCUGUAAAUUUCGUGAUUGGUCAGAAUGACACGGACACUGACCCUGGAACACCGCACACUAGAAACAGAUUUGAAACUAUGAGGAGAAGGUCAAGAACUCAGAGAAUAAACAAUAUCAGAAGUCAUGUAUUGUCUACCCUUGGUUUCUCAUCACCUCCUCAGAUAGACGAAAACAUGAAGGAAGAAAUUUUGAGAAAUCUAAGUAUAUCAGGAGUUCCUUAUAAGGCUGUAUCACAGCAGUGCUAUGCUGGAUCAUGUACAUUACCAAGUUGGAUUGAUGAAGAUUUAUGGAAUGACCCAGACACGAAGACUUUACGACUUUUCUUUGAUAUUUUGCCGCUAGAAGACAGUGGAACAAGUAUACUAAAUGCUACCUUAAAGCUCCACAUCAAAGAAAGAACAGCAUGUCGUUGUUUUACGGAAGACAAUGAGUCAGGAGAAGAGGACAGCGUUCGAUUUACCGUCUUUGUCAGUCAGUUUCUCAAACCACUAAGACGCAGAAAUCGGGUACCACGAAUGAGAAUUCUCGAUGUGAAAAUGGUCGUGGUUAAAAGAGAUAAGUGGAUAAGCUUCAAUGUCAAAGAAGCUGUAGAAGAAUGGAUGCAGCGACGGAGGCGACGACAUGGACUAGAAGUCAACGUCAUUGACUCUCAAGGAUUCCCGAUUGAUGCCAAAGCUGUGUUUGGAAAUACAGACUGCUUGCUGCCAGUUGAUGUUGAAUGCCAAGACACUAGUUUACCAGUAGCUGUACAAAAAAGUCUGAAUUUUAGCACAUCCCCAGUGUUGGAAGUUUUUACCGAAACCAGACCUAAUAUACAAUUUAGGGAAAAACGAGAUAUUGCAACCAUUAUGCAGCCGUUCACAGAGGAAACCAGAAACGAUAGUAACCUUUUCAAAGAAAGUACCUUUCUUAAACGAUUACGAGGGAUGUCAAACUGUGAAAGUGAGGAUUGUGAAAAUACAGAGGCAGCACCAGUACCUGAUGAACAGACUUAGGAGAGGUUGACUUAUCACGCGCCACUAUUCCACUCUUCUGUCGUACAAAGAGUAUUAUUAAUUGUUUUUCGACUCAUCAAACAUUAUCAAUUUCCAUAAAUCAAUCGCAUAAAAUUCAAGCCGAAUCAUAAGACGUUUGCACUACAUUAUUUUUACUGAUGCAAUACAAAGUGUGUAUAUAUAGAGAAUUAACCGCAUUCAAGACCACCACGACGAAUACUGUUGAAAGACAGAUAUAUACAUUGUUGGGUCACUAUAUCUUAUUUAACUAGUUCCAUCGACAUCCAUUUAUACAAAUGAUGCUACAAUGACUGCUUGAUUUAGAAUAAUGAAUACAAUCUUGUCUGUCUUUAUUGCUACCUCAUUUAAUAUUGUUAAUGUUAUUUGUUAUUAAUGUGUAUUUUAUUGUAUAUAUAUGCAUUUUUUUAUUUAUUGAAUUUUGCGAUAGGCUUUUGUAACUUGUAUAUAUAUGAGAGAUAAUGCAUUGUUUGUAAGUUAUCAUAAACAUCAGUGCUUCUUUUUUCUUUUUUUUUUCUAGGUUUAACAUCCUUAUUGUGUGUUCUUUUAACAAUGGAAAAUCGAGUAUUGUAAAAACAAAUGGUUAAAAAUAUUAAUUUUGGAACUAUUCGUCCACUUUGAUUGUUUGCAAAUGUCCGUGUAUUUAUUUUCAUUUAAAUUUUUUCCAACCUUGUAAAUGCCACUAUUGUUUAGAUGAGAGACAUUGAAAUCUGUCAUCAGUUCAAUGGUUGCCGGUCGUAUUCAUUGCCUUAUCACAGUGGACUUUAAGUGGUUUAAUUUGAACAUAAAAAUGCAUACAAAGAACUGUCCUGUAUGAAGAGUUACCCCCUUCUUUAACAAUCAUUUCGUAUAAUUUUAUCCCACUUUUCAGUUUUCAACAACAAACAAGUGUUGCAGGAUCUCAAUAUUAAUGACUCCACUGUGCUUUCAACACAGGUUGUUUAAUGAAAGAUUUCCCUGUAAUGUUGUUUGUCCUUUGAUGAAUUAUCUUUUUGGUCGUAGGGUUGUCUCCUUUUUCAACUUGCCCCUUUGGUAGUUUCUCCCUUUUUCCAAUCAAUUAGAAAAGUAACGGAGACAACUCUCCAAAUGCAGCACUGUUAUUGCUUAACAUGAUAGUCUAAGCUAUAUCUCAAAUUUUGUUGUAUUUAUAUUUUGUUAGUUUUAUAUACAAUGUAAAUAUUUGAAUAAAGUCACACAGUAAAUUUUAAUUGUCAUUAUGUAUAAUUUUUUUAAGUAAGUGAAAUACAAAUCAAAAGUAAAAUGAUAAUACUUUACACUGCAUAUGAACUCGAGUUGUAUAAUAAUGAUUUUACUGUAUAAAACUGUGUUAAUGAA